AUGAUGGCCGCAGCCUCUGUCGCCCGCAAGGAUGGGGGCGAAGAUCCACGCCACUUUGGCACCUCCACCGACGACACCGCCAUUUACCUGGAGGACUCCAUGGACGAGCCCACCGUCCGGUGCAUCAGCUCGGCCCCGUCGGUAGUGGCCAUCCUCUCCCCGCAGCGGCUCCCCGCAAACGACGGCCGCGUUGUUGACAUUACCGAAUACGACAACAGCAACAUUGGAAGCGGCUGCGGCGCAUACGCCGAUCGAGCCGCUCCUCUCUCCGACUUGACAAACACGGGCGUCGUUCGGCUGUCUUUUUCAAAGUCGCCUACGCCGCGACGCUCCUUGUCCUCGUCGGCGCCGCCCAGGUGUGCCUCCUCGCGGACGCCGAAUUCCUCCGAGAAGCGACAGCCACACCGCCAUCCGAGCCAACGUCAACACUGUCAUCACCCACCUUGCGGCAGCUCCCUCCCUGUGGGUCAAAGUUUAGAGGCAAUCCCGGACGAGGAGCGCCUGGUUCCCCUCGCCCAGUAUGAACGGCUUCAGCGGGAGCGCAAUCGUUACGAAAAGAUGUAUGAACACCAAAAGGCACUCUAUGAAGACAUGGCACAGAAGCAGGCUGAAACGCACCAGGAACUGCAGAAGAAAAUUAUUGACGUUGUCGCCCUUUCCACAAGGAAUGAGGAGAAUAAGCGAUUUAUUCGUCAGUUGAAGCGGGAUAUGGCUGAAAACAGAACACGUGUCAUGGACAUUCAGAACCGUGCCCUAGAGGAGACGAAGCAGGAAAAAAGUGCCCGGGAGCAGUACCAAAGACAGCUACAUGAAUAUGAAGAGAAAUACACUGUUCUAAUCGAGAAACAGGAGGCGAAGCUGGCUGGUCUUGAGAGUUUACUGAAGGAUAUUACGUGUAUGAAGGGAGAGAGUGACAGAGUUCAGGUUUCACAGCUUGACGCCCUUCUAAAGGCAGCUUACGCGAAAAACACGGCUCUCUUUGGUGAUCUGCUGCGUCAGGGACGUCAAAUUGACCUGCUAUUUGAGGGGAAGGCGGCACUUGAGAAACAAUUAGAUCAGUUGCGCCGUGAGCGACGCGAAAUCGAGGCGACAUGGGCAGAGGAGCGGCGACGGAUGCAGGCGGAAGCGGAGCGCUACAGCGCGCAGGUGACGCAGCAGCAAAGCUCAAUAUUGGAGCUACGACAGAUGCUGAUACGCACCCUUGACUCCGGGAGUGUAGCGCGGGGGGAAGAGCAGGACGACGACGACGACGACACCGACAGCAGUAGUUACUCCUCUGGCUCCACCUCCCAGGGCGUCCAGGAGGCCGAGGAGGAGGAGAGCGGGAGCGAAGAGGAGGAGGAGGGCGAGGAGCUGAAGGGGAAGUUGGGUGUGGCAGCUGUCUUUGCUGCACCCUCGCAGGAUGCGGGGGCCCAGAGAGACGCCGUGCGGCCGCCGCUGCCGCAUGUAGAGCGGCCGCUAGAGCGUCGGGCGCCCGACCUGGCAACGCUCUCUGCGCAGAUUCAGGCGAAAUUGAAAGCCCUCCCGGGAGGGCGGAUAUGA